CGGUUCGGUUCGGUUCGGUACGGUUCGGUUUUACCAUAUUAAAGAGCCCUAAUUUAUAUAGAAAAUUGUACGACCAAAAACUGUUUUUGUAGAUUUAUUACCAAACUUAUCGGAAAACAAUACGCCUACACGAACGAGAUUAAAUUCACCUCUCCUCUCCUGUUAUUACCGAUCAAAAUACCACCUAGAUAAUAAUAAAAUAGAUUAAUUUUAUUUAAAAAAAUCUGAAAUAAUUGAAAAAAAAUUAUAACGCCAAUUUUAAUAAUGCUAACGCCACUAACUAAACCUUAAACUUUAAAUCUAUACCCUAAACCCCAAACUCAAAUCCUAAACCCUAAACCCAAACCCUAUAUCCUAAACCCAAAUCCUAAAUCUUAAACCCAAACCGUAAACCCUAAACCAUAAACCAAAACCCCAUAUCAUAAACUCAAAUCAUAGACUCUAAACUCAAACCAUAUAUCCAAACCUAAUCCCUACACCCUAAACUCAAAUUGUAAACCCUGAACUCAAAUCCUAUAUCCUAAAGGUUUGGAUUAAUGUUGAUGUUGUUUCUUUAGGGUUUAAGAUUUGGGUCUAGAGUCUAGGUUUGGGUUUAGGAUCUAGGGUUUGAGUUUAAGGUCUAUGGUUUGAGUUUAGAGUUUACGGUUUGGGUUUAAGAUAUAGGGUUUGGGUUUAGAGUUUGAGUUUAGAAUUUAGGGUUUAGGGUUUAGAUUUAAGGUUUAAGGUUUAGAAUUUAAGAUUUAGGGUUUAGUUAGUGGCGUUAGCGUCAUUAAAAUGAGAGAAAUUACCUAGAAUGACUCAAAUCAUACACGUAAUUACUAGAUUAACUCAUAAACUUUUUGUAAUUAUUAGACUAAAGCACAUGGCAACCGAAAAUACCAAAAAACCAGUCUCUCUUUCAUUUUUUCACGAGAUUGCCAUCAGAAAUUAUUAACAGGAAAAUGUUUUUUUUUUAUAAAGAAAAACAAAACCUUUUGAUCAAGACUGGAGAAAGUCGUCUCCUUCGUUUGCGACAACACCAAAUCGGACACCUCUCUUUCACUUCCGCCUCCGACAACUUCUUCUCUGCCAGAGCCGCCUUCCAUUUCGUCACCUCCACCCGAAUCGCCAUCGUCUCUGUAAGACAAGAGGAACCCUGAAUCCGAUUUCACCUCUGUCUCCGCCUUUAAAUCGAAGAGACGAAACAAUUGCUCGUUUUCAACCAAGAGUGAUUUCAAGGUAAAAUCCCGUGUCUUUCUUUAACCCUCAAUCGAUUUUCAGAGCUUUAACCCUCAAUCGAUUUUUAGGGAUUGUGUUCUGUUAAUGAAAGUAUCGUGCUUUGAAUGAGUAAAACUAUGUGUCUUCUAGAUCUUGAACUUGAAGUUACUACUUGUUUCGUGUCUUCUUUGCUUGUUCGAUGUUUGUAUUAGAAAAUGAUUAUAUAGAUCUUUGGUUGGCUUCAUAGGGUGUGAUAGUUUUGCAGGGAUGGAGACCAUACAUGAGCGUUGUGGCCAGUUUACCGACAACCCCGUUCUUCUAAAUUGACCAGGAUAGGCUAGUCUGAUCUUUAUAAAUUUAUACAAUUAUACCUUGCAUCAAGCUCUGUACACUAUGCGGAUAUUCACUUACUCUGCAUUCAUAUGUGCCUCUUUCUGGUCGGGCAAGCGCUUGGACUUUCAACAGAGUGGUCUCAUCAUCCUCUGUAUUCUCCUGGUUAGACGAACAAAUAAACCAAAUCAGUUGCUUGUGUUUCUGAGUUUGCUCUUUCUCAAGAAUAUAUGUUGUGCAAUAAUACGUGUGAAAACAGGAGGAUUAGAGGUUCUGGAUGGUGUGGAGAAAGUAUUGGUUGGUACUUGAGUCGGGAUGGAUUACGCAUUACCUCAACAUGUCAAUGCCUUAUGGAGAUUUUCCAUUGCAGACACUCCAGGGAUAAGUUCUCCUAAGAACAACCUUAGGCCUCUCUGAGUUCAACCCAAUACUCUUUAACUUUGCUUCUUGUUCUCUGUAAAUAGACAUCUACAUGUUUGCACUCUUUAGUGUAUGUAUAGUGUUUAUUUAGAAGUGGAAAUACCGUUAAGGUAUUGGGUGGAAAGUGGAAGUCGGUUAUUAAAUACUUCGUCGGUUAUUAAAUUCUCGACAAAUUGUAAACCUGAGACAAAUCGAUAAAGAACAAAUUUCUCAACCGUUUGAUUGAGUUGUUCAUGAACAAUGCUAUUAUUUGCAGCUUUAACCUGUAAACAAGAUGAAGAAUGAGAACAAAACAUUAUAGGUACAAUUAGGUUUCAACGUUAACACGGUUUGGCCUUUUGACCAUUAGUAUUGUUUGACCGACCCAAACAAAUCAUUUCCUCCGUACCUCAACAAGCAAAAUCAUUCCUUCGUAACAAGAUGUAUUUUUUUUUAUAAAAGUGAUACAUGUAAAUCAUUCUCUGUGUAACGUAACAAGAUGAUCUUAUAUAAAUGGUGCAUGCGAUAUUUUUUUCUAUUGACUUGUGCAUGUCAGAAGUUAACGUCAAUUUCAAAAAUUUAAACAUAAUUCUGAUUUUAGUUACACUAGAAAUAAACCGGAUUUGAAACUAAAGAAAACCAAAUUUAAUUCAAAAUUAAACUAAGUUUGGUUUAUUCAAACCCGGAUUUCCUUAUAAAAAUCUGCCCCUUCAUAAAUAAAAAAAUCUGACAUAGAAAUUUAAGUCUAACACAAAACUCUACAAUUUAUAAUAAAUCUGUUACCUCGUUUGGUAGAUUUAUCCUUAAAAAUCUGUUUUCAACUUAAAUCGAACAAACAACUCUGUCGUAUAAACAAAUCUGCCAUUUUAAAGAAAAUCUGACACCACUCUCUUGACAGAUUUUAUUUUCUAAACCGAUUUAAUUAGCAGAGUUAAUAUCCGGCAGAUUUAUUUUUUUGAAAAUAAAUGUGCCAGCGAUCAAUUAUUAAUGGCACUUUUGUAAUUCUGUUUUUUGAUAUAACUAUGGAGAAGGGUAAUUUCGACCAGAAAAAUAUUCUAAUAAAUUUAUAAAAAUAUGAGUUAUUUUAGUAAUAAUCCAAUAAAUUUGUGUCACUUUAGUAAACUUCCCUUAAAAUAAGCAUCAUUAUCUUUUUUCAAUUAUUUUAGAUUUCUUUUUAAAAAAAUAAUGUAUUUUAUUCUUAAUUUAUGUGGCAUUUUGAUUGGUAAUAAGAAGGGAGGUGAAUUUAAUGGUUAACCUUAGGGGUCAACGUAAGUUUUGUUCUUUUUCAUAUAUUGUUGAUUAAUGAUUGAAUUUUUUUUUCUUCUUGAAAAUAUUAUAGGCUGGAUGACGAAGAAAAGAGAGGCGUGAAUCUCUUCUUCUAUAUAGCUGAUGAAAGUGGCAAAGUUCUAAAUUUAGGGCUUCAAGGCAGUUCUACCCUGGUUUGCGGUUCACGUGAAGUAGAUGUAGGAAACUGGCAGUUGCACUUAAAGUCAGAGGUAGCUUUUUCCUUAAUUUGUAGUGGUCUUCAGAGAUCAUAGGAUUCUAGUUACUUCCUUCGCUGGAAACAAGUGUUCUAACUGUUUUAGCUUCUCCUUAUUUGCAGACUCCUGGUCUCGUAAGUCAUUAUUGCGGGUUCAAGACGGCCAACUCUGUCAAUCUAUCUGAUCUUGUUCAGAAAAACCUGACUGUUAGUGAUAUUCUCAAUUUUGCAGGUCUUUCAUAUAUAUAUAUACUAUUGUAAAGACCACAUGUGCUUACAUGCCUCUCGGCUAGUAUAUUUUCAGGAAAAUAUGUUUGGGCAAGUUAAACUCUCUGACACUGCGGAGGAUGAUUCCAACGUUUAUGUUUUUCAGAUUUCCACUAUGAGCCAGUUCUCUACUAUAGAUAUUGCCUUCAUAUCUGGGAUAGAUGAAAAAACUGCCGAUAUGGAGGAUCGUACAAACACUCUUACAGGUUCGCAACUCACUACUCUACUUGCAGAGAAACAUGUAGCAUUUGAUGAAAAAUUCAGGGAAUGCUUCAACCUUUCUGAAGAGAAUGACGCUAAAACUUUGGAAGUUGGUAAAGCUGCCAUUGGGAACAUGCUUGGAGGCAUUGGUUACCUCUAUGGUCAAUCAAAAGUAUAUUACCAUAAAAGUAAGCAUCAUUUCUUGCACUAUUGGCCAGCUGAGCUGUACACAGCAGUUCCAUGCCGAUCCAAACUUCCAUGGGGACAAUUGUCGGAUGAAGGUUUCCAUCAAAUGUUGAUCUGGCGUUGGGAUUUCCGCAUAACCUUGGACAUUGUUGGACACUGGUUAGACCUAAUGAACGUGGAAGGAUGGAUUCCACGUGAGCAAAUAUUGGGCCUUGAAGCUCUAAGGGAAGAAGGAAGGAAGUUUCUAUUGGCGUGGCAGAGACAGUACAACAGUACAACACUCACUGUCGCCUCGGGCAUGGAUGAUUAUCCUUGGGCUUCGCACCCAAGUGACGAUGAGAUGCAUGAGGAAGAUUACAGCUCAAUUGUCCAUCAGCUUUCAGAUUUCGAUGAUCUGAAUAAGAUGCACUAUGACCGUGAUCAUAAGACUUACCUUGACUUCGGUAAUCACGCAGAAAAGGUUCGGUUAGUCAUCGAUGUUGGGAGAGGGAUAAGGGUGACAAAUGAGGAGCCAGAGCUAAAAAAGGUUCCUCACGUUGUUAUAUAUUGUUCAUCAAUAUCUAUAUUUAUCUUUAAGGAAGAAAUACCUAAAAUUUCACAGUCUUUGGGCUUGGUGAAGCAUUCUGAAAUCCUCGAGCAACAGCUUGAUCUCAUUUCGAGUAACGAACUGGUAUGUAGUGACUACGGACUUCUUUCACUUGCCAAGACAAGCUCUUCGUACAUGACACCGAACUCUCUGAUGAACCAACCACCAUGUUGGAGAGGUCCCAUAUGGAUGAAUAUCAACUACAUGAUUCUUGCCUCGCUCAAACAUUACUCUUCAGUGGAAGGACCGUACAGCGACAAGGCAAGAGAUAUUUAUGUGAAACUAAGGAACAAUUUGAUAAGUAACGUGGUUGGGGAAUAUGACAAGACGAGAUACAUCUGGGAACGUUAUGAUCAAACAAAAGGAACUGGAGAAGGUGGACGUAACUUCACUGGAUGGUCUGCACUUAUCCUCUUGAUCAUGACCGAGGACUACCCUCGUCUUCAAAAGCGCUCUUGGCUAUCAAACCCGGCUCACGUUUCCGAAAUAAAAUAAGGCAUAUGUCCUACUUGUUCUACUAGAGUUUCUAUUACCUGAUUUAAGAAACUCUGUAAUAUUUCCAUUUCUAUAUUUUCUUAUUUCCAGUGUUUUUUUUUUCUUUUACAAAUAAGAAUGAGAGCUCGUUUGUGAGACUCAUCCUAAAACGAGUGAGUUGAGUUUAAGGGUGAGAAACUUAGUUCUCUUGUGUGUGUUCUGUUUCUGUUCCUGUUAUUUUUCUUCAAUAAAGAGAGACCUGGGUUUUACUU